UAAAACCCAUUCGGUUUCAAUUUUCAAAAACUUGUUAAACCUCCUCAUCAUCUUCUAAUCGGAUCCAAAAUUGAAACCCCGAUGAAACCCUAACAUACUAAAAAUCCUUCAAUUCCUUCAUUCUCAAUCUUCGAUUUCGUUUCCAAUACAUGGAUUUCUUCAAAUCCGUCUUCUCCGACGAUCCAUCUCCACCCGAUUCGCCCAAAACCGAACAAUCCCUGGAUCCCGAUUCGGAUCCCGCUCCAUCAUGGAGCUUCGGUGGGUUGAUCAAGACUCUAGCUUCGAAAUCCGACUCCGUGAUUCAGCACUACCGACGUGACUUCGAGGAGUUGGGUUCUGGGCUGCGGAAGGAAACCACCGUGAUCAGGGAGGUGGCAUCACGUGCGGUUCAGGGCCUUCCGGCAACGCUCGAGGUUGGUGCAUCGGUUGCUCAGGAGUCGUUGGAGUCCGUCGGCCAAGCUGUGGAUGAUAUUGGGGCCUCCGUCUGGAAGUCCACGACCCAGAUUAUUUCCCAAGGUAAAGAACGCCUCUUAGCUUCUAAUGGUGGUCGCGAUUCUGAUUAUACAGAUAAGAGAAAUAGUGAUUACAAUAGUUCUGAUGAUAACACACGGCGUCCUUUGGAAAGAAAACUAUACAAUCGUUUUGAUGUAAAAUUGCGGGCAAUUCAGAGUGAUUUGGAUACCUAUUGUACGGAACCAGAGGAUGUUGGGGAGUAUGAGGAGUGGAGGUCGAGGUUUGUGGUGGAUGAGAAGGGAAAGGAAAUUGAGGAUUUGAUUGAGGAAAAUCCGGUGAUAGGGGAGUUUUACGGGAGGGUUGUUCCGAGUAUUAUCGACAAUGAAUCUUUUUGGAGUAGGUACUUCUAUAAGGUGCACAAGCUUAGGCAAGUGGAAGAUGCAAGAGCUAAGCUUGUCAAUAGAGCAAUUUCCGUGGAGGAAGAUGAGGAAUGGAGUUGGGAUAUAGAUGAGAUUGAUGAUGAUGAGGAUAAGGAGAGUGCUGGAAACUUAACAAAGGGAGGUUCAAGCCUAGAUGUGGAGAUUUCAAGUCAUGGGGUUUCUGGGUCAUUACCCGAAUUGGGUAAUACUACUAAGUUGGAGGAGAAAGAUGAUGAUAAGGUGGGUUUGGAAGGGAAAUCGGAUAAUGGUGGAUCGUGCAAGGAUAGCGAUGUGUCAGUGAUUUCAACCCAGGCAUCUUUGCCCGAGGAAGAAGACAUGGGUUGGGAUGAGAUUGAAGACAUUGGGGUCACCGAUGAGAAUAAGGGAGAUGCUACUGUGAAUAUGAGCAGAGCUGAUCUACAUAAGAAGUUGAGUGCUGCUGAGGAAGAAGAGGAUUUGAGUUGGGAUAUUGAUGAUGUUGAUGAUGAACACAAUUAAUUGUGUUAAUUGGGUGAAGAUUGGUAAUUUUGAAAGUGAUUGCUUCAUCAUUAUAGUUGAAUAUGUAAUAUACCUCCUUGCUAUCACUUCCUUAGAAAUUCAAAUGACUGGAUUCUUAUUUAUUGUUGGUUUCUCUGAAAUUCAUUGUCAUUGCCUUUUUCAAACUUUUCUGGCCUGGUAUUUGUAAUUGUUUCUGGUAGGUAGAACUUGGUUUUUGAUGA